CAGACAACAUCACUGGAGAACAAGAGCAGGAAGAAAAGACGCUGUUGUGCUGGGUUUUUUUUUUUCUUGAUGUAAACAAUGUUUUGUGAAGUUUUAUGAUCAGCUUGAAGACUUGAUUGUACAGCUGCAGCAAAAGACAAUAUUAGUACAUAUCUAUCAAGAUCUUCCACUUAGAGCUGAUACUUUAGUAUCAUAUGAUGACAACGUCUUCAGAACAUCGGGCCCUCAGAGAUUUCAAAGAGUCAAUGCCAGGAACCGAACUCUCACCCCCUUCUACACAUGCAGAGAAUGCAAGAAACAGUAGCCGUAGCAAAGGUGGAAGCAAGGGAAAAGAACAUGCAGAAGGAAAAGAUCGAGCAAACAGUCCGUGUGGCCUAAGGAGACCUUGUGCUCCUGGCACAUCCCAACAGUUGCAGCAACAGCAGGUUAAAUCUCCAGUGAUGAUGGUGUCUCCAAAAGAAAGCUUCAGCAACUCAGCACACCUGCAGACCAUGUUACAGGAGCAGCAGCAAGCAGUGCUAAUACAGCAGUAUUCUGGUGAUGCAGCUACUAGGCCACCAUUUUUCCAUAUUUCCUCCCUGAGACACCCAUCCAUAAUACAUCUGCCACACUCCAGCAUCCUGUCUCUGAAGGCAGCACAAACACACAUGCAUGCUUUACCCCACGGCAUUAAUGUGGCAGGUCUGGAAUGGCUCCGGAAAGAGGCUUGCUCAACUCAGAGGACAGAGUCAGUUCUAAAUCGAAUAAGCAAGGUAGCUCAUCCAGUGUGUUCUCUGCCAUCCCCUGAAGCUGUGACCUCUAUGUGGAGCACAUCUGUGGCACAGCAGUACAGCUCUCCCAGCAAGCAGAACUGCACAGUGGUGGAGAAAGAAGGUGCUAAUCACAUUGAGGAGAACCAUCCACUGUUUACAAACGGCCUAUGCAAGUGGCCAGGGUGUGAGCAGGUCUUUGAAGAAUAUGACCAGUUUCUGAAACACUUACAUAGUGACCACCAGCUGGACGAUAAGAGUACAGCACAAUGCAGGAUACAGAAAGAAGUGGUCCAGCAACUGGAAUCACAGCUUGCACUGGAAAAAGAGCGUCUUCUAGCCAUGACAGCCCAGCUCAACACACAAAUGUUUGAACAGAAAACUUCUUUCAAUACAAAAACUGAAGGAUGUGAGAAUGGCCGAAUAAUGAAGAAUGGUUUAUCAGCAUUUGCUUGUUCAGGUCUGGGAGGAACAAUCCAUUCUAGAAAAGAUCCAUCAGAGAGUCCGUUAACUAUGAAACAUCCUCUGUGGGACAGUCAUGCAGUGCCUUUUUUCCCAGAUCUCCUCCACAGUGUGGAGCACUACAAAUUCAACAACAUCAGACCGCCUUUCACCUAUGCUUCACUCAUCAGAUGGGCAAUCUUGGAGUCCCCUGAGAAGCAGCUGACACUGAAUGAAAUAUAUCAUUGGUUUAUGAGGAUGUUUGCUUACUUCAGACACAACACUGCAACAUGGAAGAAUGCAGUCAGACACAAUCUCAGCCUGCAUAAAUGUUUUGUGAGAGUGGAAAAUGUCAAAGGUGCAGUGUGGACGGUGGAUGAAGCAGAAUUCCAAAGGAGGAGAGGACAGAAAUUUACAAGGGGUCAAGAGAUGAAAUGGCUCACACCAUAUGCUUGCCUUGCUCAUCAGGACACUUGGCUUCACAUCCACCCAGGAAGCAGCUUGUGACAAAAGUAGCAUUGUAAUUUUUCCUUUCUCUUGGAUAUCUUACCUCACAGGACACAGGCACAGAACUGCAGCCAUCACACUGGGUGGUCUCUGAUGGUCUCAUGAAACUAAGGAACUCUUCUCAGGAAAGUGUUAACCGUCAGUACUGCGCCAUCCCCUAGACAGCUACAAUGUACUAUAAGUUUAUGAAUGAAGAUGACAGCAAUGCUCCAUUUAGUCAGUGUUGACUACAGAAGACAGCAAACCUCUCAGUAAAAAUAUUCUAGUGUUAGAGGCUGUGGAUGGGAAGGCAGUUAUGUGGAUAAAAUGGUAUAAAAGCCCACAACCAAUACUUGUGCAAAAAGCAUAUAACAAGGUCUUACAAGUGUUUUAAGUUCUCGUAAUGAUGGCGAAAAACAUAUGGUUCCUAUUAAGGCAAUAACAGCCAUAAACUCCCAUUAAAGUAACUUUUGGCAUCUAUGACAAACCUUUCAGUGUAUAUUUGCAAAAUGUCACUAAUUUUUAUAAAAGUGGUGCAUUCAGACAAAAUGUAUAAAAUGUCAACAUACUUAGCAAUUUGAAUUUGCUGUGCAAUAUGGUUUUAGGUUUAUUUGCAGCCUUU